AUGGAGGAACUCAGCAACUUAGAUAUACUAGUAUAUUUGGUCAUCACGGUGUAUUGUAUAAUUACCGAAUCAGGGCCGUUAGCCUUUCUCUCUCUACUACGUUCCUCAGCGUUUUAUGACUUCUUAGUUCUUCCACUAGAUGUGCUUCUGAACAGAAUCGUAAAGCCAUUCGAAUUCCAACCUCCUUUUUCACAAAGAUGCACUUGUAUGGAAUACACAGUCUCCAAAGCCCUCAAGCAUAGUCUGGAGUCAAUUCAUACUCCCAAUGAUCCUUCCACAGUAUUUUUUUCCCCAAGAGUUCACCGACUUUUCUACUUGUAUCGAGCAUACAGGCAGGGAUUCCAAGGUUUGGGCGAUAUCAUAUAUUCGGACUCUUAUGGAAACGUAGACGGGUUGUCCAAUGACUCUGAUAGUGAAUCAUUGCAACCUGUUCCUGGACUAUGGAUUAAAUCAAAAAGCAGAUCCAACAGUAACCAUGAUCUGAUAUUGUACUACAUUCCAAAUGGUGCAUUUAUUGUUGGUGGCCCCAACUUCUAUGUGGAGUUCUUGUCAACAUUUUUAGUCUUAUUGGAACAACAGGGGUUCCAAAAUCCUGCAGUAUUUCUUCCUGAACUUCCUAAGGUACCUGAUGCAAUGUUUCCCCGUGGAUUGUUCCACGUCUUGAAAGGUUGGCAAUAUAUUACAGAGUCCAAUCCCUCAGCAAGAACGGUACUUUGUGGAGAUUCAACUGGGGCCACCAUAGCAUUGAGCUUGCUACUGUUUAUUGGAACACCAGAUUUUUCAAUUUUCAGUAACAUAGAUGAUGCCCAGGAUGCCAAUUGCCCUGUACCACCACACCCUGUUUCACCCCUUGGAUUAGUCGCAGAUAAACAUGACGAUGAUAAACUUCCUUCUGCGUUCAAAAUAACGAAAAAGUCGAUAGAAAAAGUGGAGAGCGCAAAUUUGAAGCUACCUGAUACUGCUCUCAUCAUCUCUCCAAUUCUAAACUAUUUCAUCACGGAGCAGGAUAGCAAUAGUGAGGGAAACCAUAAUUCUGACUACAUUACUCCCCAGCUAAUAACGCAAUGGCGAAAAUUAUUCAUUCCAGAUCAGCUCACACACUCCCCUAAAGAUGGUUAUCAUAGCCCUGGUCUUUGUACAGAUGAAUCGUGGUGGGCUAAGAGCUUCCCUCCAGCAGGAAUGAUUCUCAGUUACGGGAGCGAAGAGUAUUUCCGUCCCGAAUUAGACCAGUUUUCAAAGCUUAUCAAAGGUAUCGGGAGGACCAAAGUAGACUGCCAUGAAGCACAUAUUCAUAGUUGGCCGUUACUUCUUUUCUACACCGAAAAGACUCCAGAGGACAGAGAAGAAAGUGUAUUCAUGUUCUCCGGAAUAAUCUCCCGAAUGCUAUUAUGGCAUACCGAAAGCUAUCUGGCACUCAAUUCAAGAGAGCCAGUAAAUGUGUUAACCAUAGAUGAUGAUCAUACCUAG